AUGGAUCUUUUAAAGGAUGCAGCUAAGAAUUUGAAUCUUUACGAAGUUAAGGCUUAUGUUCGUAAGGCCCAAAAUGUUGCCAUGAACUUGACUGAAAUGGAAUCAAAGGUACGUGAAGCAACCAAUAAUGAGCCAUGGGGUGCUCCGAGUACAUUGAUGGCGCAGAUUGCCAGUGGGACCUAUAAUUAUCGAGAACGUGAAGAGAUAGUUGCCUUUAUUUUUCGUAGAUUUACUGAAAAAGCUGCCAAUGAAUGGAGACAGAUUUACAAAUCAUUACAGUUGUUGGAUUACUUAGUCAAGAAUGGAUCAGAGAGAAUUAUUGAUGAUGUCAGAGCUAAUAUUUCCUUGAUUCAAAUGUUAAAAUCUUUCCAUUAUAUUGAUUCAAAGGGAAGAGAUCAAGGGAUAAAUGUCAGAAACAAAUCGAAAAAUUUGAUUGCAUUUUUAAAUGACGAUAAUUUGAUUAGAUCAGAACGUAAAAAGGCAAGAGCCAACGCAAAGAAAUUUGGUGGUGUUUCGUCUGCUGCAUAUGGUGGUGCAUCCUCUAUGGGAACUGGAUUUGGAAGCGGUGGAUCGACUUUCACUGGUGACGAUGAAGAUUUUGCCAAUAGAGUAUACGGGGAUGGGGGUGUUUAUGGUGAAAGAUUUGAUGAUCCUGCAUCUGCUUAUAAUAAUGGUGCCACUGGCAAUGACAAUUUUGAAGAAUAUGAUGUGCAAGCUUCUUCUUCUCAAGCAACAUCAAAACCUACUACCAGCUCUUCCAGGGUUAAUGCACAGGCAUCUAAGAAAGAGCCACAGAAUGAUUUAUUAGGAGAUUUGCUUUCGUUUGAUGGCGACGGGCAACAGAAGAACACAAACACUGCAACUCCUUCAAGGGUGACAGGAGGAGGAGUAGCAGCAAAUGAUGAUGAUGAUGACGACUUUGAUGACUUUCAAGCAGCCCCAUCUCAACCUCAAAAACCAGCCAAUUUAUCUAAUAGCUUAAAUAACUUGUACAACACUUCAUCACAACAACAACAGCAAGCAGCUUCUCGUCAAAACUAUAAUGUAAGCUAUCAAUCAUCUCAAUCAACUGGCCCAGCAAAGACAACUAGUAAUAACGAUGCUUUUUCAUCAUUGUUUUCUUCGGCCAAGACAAAAUCCAAGACAUCUGCCGGGAACACAAGCACAUCUUCCACUGCCACUCCAACUGCAUCUACUAAUGCUUCAAAUCAUACAACUGGUGCGAAUGAUGAUUUCUUUGGUGGAUUUAGCAGUAGUAGUAGUAAUACCAAACCUGCCACUAAUGGUAAUGGGACAAACAAUACUAACAGUGGUGACAUUGAUUUAUUAAGUUUUUAA